AUGGACGAAGCAGCUCACAUCACCUACAAUAAGGCGGUCGAGGAGUUGCGAGAACGGGAAUACCCUAUGCUUCAAGGGACGACCUAUCUCGACCAUGCAGGAACGACACUCUAUCCAAAGUCGUUGAUCGAGCGAUUCUCGGCUGACAUGGUCUCGAAUCUUUACGGCAAUCCGCACUCCGCCUCCAACGCCUCCCAAUUGACGACGCGCCGUAUUGAAGAUGUCCGACUCCAGUUACUGGAGCUGUUCAGCGCAGACCCAGAAGACUUCGAGGUGGUCUUUGUUGCGAACGCCACCACGGGCAUCAAAUUGGUCAUGGACGCAUUCAGGGACCAGGAGAAUGGAUUUUGGUAUGGAUACCAUAGGGAUGCGCAUACGAGUCUGAUAGGCGUGCGGGAAACAGCGACUGAACACCGCUGCUUCGCCACAGACGCAGAAGUUGUGGACUGGAUCCGACAGCCAACACAGCAGGAUGGGAGAGCACGCUUGUUCGCGUAUCCUGCGCAAUCGAACAUGAAUGGACGCCGGCUCCCACUGGACUGGACCCAACGUAUCCGCGCCGCAAACGAUAAAGGAGCGACCUACACGUUGCUGGACGCCGCAGCCUUAGUGUCAACUUCGCCUCUGGACCUCAGCAACGCCGACCAUGCACCUGAUUUCGUUGUGUUGAGCCUGUACAAGAUGUUUGGAUUUCCCGAUCUGGGCGCUUUGAUCGUCAGGCGAUCGUCAGCACAUGCAUUCGACAAGCGCCGCUACUUUGGCGGCGGCACAGUCGAAAUGGUGGUUUGCUUGAAAGAGCAAUGGCAUGCGAAGAAGGCGGACUCGCUUCAUGAGCGUUUGGAGGACGGCACAUUGCCCAUACAUAGCAUCAUGGCGCUUGACUCCGCGAUCACUGUCCACAAAGAGCUGUACAGCUCGCUGGAACAUGUUUCGCAACACACGAGCUUUCUGGCUGCGAAGCUGUACAAAGAGCUGGCAUCCCUGCGACACGGCAACGGCCAGAAAGUCUGUCAAAUAUAUGCAGAUCUCGCGUCUUACUACGGUGAUGCGGCCACGCAAGGGCCCAUUGUUGCAUUCAACCUGCAUAAUGAUUCUGGCGGUUGGGUCAGCAACGCCGAGGUGGAGAAGUUGGCGGCAAUCAAGGACUUCCAUUUGCGUACAGGUGGACUAUGCAACCCGGGCGGCAUUGCUUCUUCGCUCGGACUGGCUCCAUGGGAGAUGCAUGAGAACUUCUCAGCUGGCCAACGGUGUGGUAACGAGAACGAUAUCAUGCGUGGGAAACCAACAGGCAUGAUACGUGUCAGUCUAGGAGCGAUGAGUACACUGAAAGAUGUGGACUCCUUCGUUGCCUUCUUGCGCGAGUUCUUCGUGCAAAGCAAGCCACUCAGCGCAAUGGCGCCAGCCUUAUGCGAAGAAGUGGAGUUAUCAUCGACAAGUCGUCUGCAUGUCGAAAGUCUGUCGGUGUAUCCUAUCAAGAGCUGUGCUGGAUUCAGCGUGCCGCCAGGGCAAGCCUGGGAGGUCUAUCCGGAAGGGCUAGCUUGGGAUCGCGAGUGGUGCCUCGUCCACCAAGGCACAGGCGCAGCAUUGAGCCAGAAGCGUUAUCCCAAAAUGGCCCUCAUUCGUCCCAGCAUCGACCUUGCUAAAGGUGUGCUACGUGUCGGCCUCGCAGGCCUGUUGAAGGGUACGACUGCAGCUGAUGAGAUUACCGUUCCCCUCUCUGCAGACCCACGAUUGUUCGCAGAUAACGCGGUGUACCGGAAUGCUAGCGCCAAAGUAUGCGGGGAUUUCGUCCAAGCCAAAACGUACAAGUCGAGCCAGAUAUCAGCUUUCUUUUCGCAAGCCCUCGGGGUGGCUUGCCAUCUUGCCCGCUUCCCAGCCGCUGGCAGCGGGAGCGGCUUUUCGCCUAGACACUCCAAAGCGCAUCUACAGAAGUACCAGAGAGCCCGUAGCCUGCGAAUACCCGGCGCUUAUCCAGAUGCAGCUCCCGUUGUACCAGGCGUAUGCGUUUCCAAGCCAAUCUUGUUGUCGAAUGAGAGUCCCAUCUUGACGAUCUCGCGAUCAAGCCUCAACCGCUUGAAUGAAUUGAUCAAAGCGGAUGGCGGCAAGGCGGCGCAGGCAGAAGUCUUCCGAGCAAACAUAGUGGUCGCGGAGAACCCUGACUGCCCGCCAGGACUUGAAGAUCCAUACGCGGAAGAUGACUGGCGCUAUCUCCGAAUCGGUGAACAGUACUAUGAGAUGCUGGGUGCCUGCCGAAGAUGUCAGAUGGUGUGCAUCGAUCAGCAAAGCGCAGAGCGGGAUGAAGAGCCAUUCUCCACACUUGCGAAGACGCGGCGCUUCGAUGGCCGUGUCUACUUCGGUGAACAUACGUGCCAUGUUCCUGUGGAAGACUCAUCGAUUUUCAAGCAGAACCCGUCCAUCACGGUCGGCGACGCUGUACAGCCAUAUCGCGAAGACGAGAUCAGUCAGGAUAGCCGUCUAUGGUCUCUCGUAGGCUGA